AUGACUUCUCGCAAGGACUUUAGCGGAAAAGUGGUGCUCAUUACUGGCUCAUCAUCGGGAAUUGGAGAGGCAACUGCAAUUCACUUCUGCUCAUUGGGAGCUCAAGGAGUGAUCAUCACCGGACGCGACGUAGCUCGUCUCAAAACAGUUGCCCAAAAAUGUCGUGAUGCAUCAACGUCUGCUGGAGCCGCCACUGAUGUCCUUACAGUGGUGGCUGACGUCAGCAAAGACGCUGAUUUAAAGAAGCUAAUUGAUGAAACAAUCAAACGUUUCAAUAAACUGGAUGUUCUGGUAAACAAUGCAGGAGUUUAUCAAGUGUGCAGCAUCGAGGAGGGCCGCUUUAUGGACGUCUACGAGAAGAUUUUUAGCGUCAAUUUGCGCAGCGUGCUUGUCCUCACAAAGUUGGCUAUACCGCAUCUGUUGGCUAGCAAAGGGGCCAUUGUCAAUGUGUCAUCUAUCGCAUCCACCAAACCGACGCCGACCAACUCAAUCUACGCAAUGAGCAAGAGCAGUCUGGACAUGUUCACCCAAAGUCUGGCCAUUGAAUUUGGCCCUCAGGGUGUGCGUGUAAAUGCCAUCAACCCAGCGGCCAUUCGAACGCCAAUCUUUGACAAAGUCGAAAACAGCGAUAUGGACACUGCAAAGAUGGAGGAGCUGACGGCACUGUCCUAUCCGCUUCGUCGUAUUGGAGAUCCUGAAGACUGUGCAAAGGCAAUCGCCUACCUGGCUAGUGAAGAUGCCUCUUUCAUCACCGGUGUCACACUGCUCGUCGAUGGCGGCAGUCAGUUUGUGCAGAUUAUCGUACCGGAGAAGAAAAAGUUGUAA